AUGAAUACAACUAAAAAUAUAAAAGCAAGGAACAUUUUUAAGGUUUUAAUAAUAAAUUUGAUAUUAAUUACAGCAACUUUAGGUGCUUUCUUAAACUGUCCAUGUGAUUAAUCUUCUACAGAUUGUGAUCUUUACUGUUGCUGUGAUCAAAAAUGUGAUGAUUAUAAUAUAUAAAUAUGGAAGAAUAAUUUUUAAUGUGCUUAUUAAACGUACAAUACAGUUUGUUACAACAAAGGAACUAUGUUUAGUAUCAGCGAAAGAAUUGCAGGAAUUCAGUCUAUUACAGAUUCUUCAAAUUAAAAUUUAAAAUGCAUUAAUGUAGAUUAAGAUACUAUAUUAUCUACUCCAAAUACAAUAAGUGCCGAUGAUAUAAGCAAGUUUAAAUUAUAUGUGCAAUCACAACCUGCAGUUUCUUUAGACACCACUCCGAAUCUAAUUGAUGGACUAGAUUAACAUUAUUCAGAUUAUUCAGCAUUUUUAAUUUCCUACUCUUCAAAUUCAAUUUAUAAAAAUGAAAAUUAUAAUAAUAAUCAAAAUAUUAAAUGUGAUACCUAAGCAAUUACACUAAAUGCGAUUAAUAAUAAUAAAUAUAUGUGUAUAGGAGAAACUCUUCAUAUUUUUGGUGGAGCUCCCACUAUUCAAAUUACUUAAAAAUAAUCAUCAAGUUAAAGCACUUGUACAUCUUCAGCCAAUUAAUCCAAAUGCAUAAUUCCCUAUUUAAAAUCUGGUUAUAGCAAAAAUCCUAUUUAUUUAUAAUCCACCCAAAAUUUCUUCUUUUAGAAUACUACGGCUUCAACAUUACCAAUGAAACCAUAUUUCUAGAGAACAGAAGUAAUAUAUGAUAGUAUCGAUUAUAAUUCUUGGAUGAUAGAAAACUCAAUGCCAACUACUCCAACAUUUUUCCCAUAACUCCCUCCAGACAUUUUCUACCCAAUUUGGUUUGAGUCUAAUUAGUAAUCAGGAAGAAUAUUACAAUUUUAAACUAUAAUUUUAUUGUUAAUUUUAAAUGUUUUUAUAUGA